CUGUACAGAGCCGAAAGGCACAAAAUUGGCUGCUUGCUUUCCCCAGUUGUCAAGCGGACCAUUUACAGUCUUUGGUGCUCAGCGCUUACCGUCAUUGAUUUUAUGUGUAUUUUUGACAUUGCUAGAUUUAAGGGGGUAUCUUUUUAAUGUCGUGAAAUUAUUGUUGCCAUUGGCACCUGCGGCCAUAGCGACCCUCAUUUUUUUUUAUUAACGAAGCUUGAUAUAUAUACAUAAUAUUUAAAAAAAAAAACUCCUUUAAUCCUGUAUUCGUAUUUAUUUUUUUAAAUUUCUUUUAAAAAAUUCUUUGCGUUAGGCGACAACAAUGGGACUGUGGCUGCGCCUCUCUCUGCUGUGUUCCCUUUUAACUCUGACAGCCGGUGUUGAUUUCCUCCUGGAACCCGACAAAGCGUCAGGGCGAGCGCUUUUUUCUCGAGCUUCGAACCGAGCCAAGAGAUCCUUGAUGCCCGCUUGGCGUCACAGUGUGACAAAGAGGAGCGACCCACCAGAAGCCUCCUGCGAUACCCUUAAACUUAAAGGAUACGAGGCCAAGUUGAACGACAACACACACCGUUAUACUUUCAAUGACUUGAGUGGAUCAGUGUCACUGGCCUGGGUUGGUGAUGGUACAGGGGUAAUCCUGGCUUUGACCACAUUUCAGAUUCCUCUCUUCAUGAUCAAAUUUGGACAGUCCAAACUCUACCGAAGCGAGGACUACGGAAAAUCAUUCGUGGAUGUCACUCACCUGAUUAACAACACGUUCAUAGAAUCAGAUUUUGGCAUUGCAAUCGGCCCUGAGAAUUCUGGCAAAGUGAUCUUGACUGGCGAAGUGUCUGGUAGUCGCAGCCCUCGGAUCUUUGUUUCAAGUGACUUUGGAAAGAGUUUCACCCACCUGGUCCUACCUUUUAUCCCUCACUCGGUCAUCACGUACAAUCCUGAGAAUUCCAACGUGCUGCUCGCCAUCGCGAGAAAAAAUGAGCUGUGGCUGACUAAGGACUUUGGGCAGAAUUGGAAAAAGAUCCACGACAGGGUGUGCAAGGUGAAAUGGGGGAUGAAGAAUGCCCUCUUUUUUUCAACCAAUCAUAAUGGAUCCUGUAGUGAACGUGGAGUGCUGGAAUUAAAGAGGACAACUGAUUUUGGGGAAACAAUUGAGACCAUCGCUAACAAACUCUACUCCUUUGGCCUCGGUGGUCGCUUUUUGUUUGCUUCUGUGAUGACUGGGGAGGGCACUAUGAGGAUCAUCCAUGUGUCGGUGGACCAAGGUGACAAUUGGAACAUGGCCCAGUUACCCGCCAUCGAUCACAGGCAGUUCUACUCCAUCUUGUCAGCAGGCGACGAAAUGGUCUUCAUGCACGUAGAUAAUCCAGAAGAUGAUGGCCUAGGUACCAUUUAUGUGUCUGAUGACCGAGGCACUAUCUACUCCAAGUCACUGGAAAACCACCUUUACACCACCACAGGGGGUGAAACUGACUUCACCAACAUCACCUCUCUGAGAGGUGUUUUUAUCACCAGCAAAAUGGAAGAAGACAACUCUAUGAGCACUGUUAUGACUCGUGACAUGGGAGGGGAGUGGACUGCUUUGAAGAAGCCUAUUAACAGAAAUUGUGCUUUGGAAGCCAAGGACCCGGAUAAGUGCAAUCUCCACAUCCAUGCGGCAUACAGUGCUGCUGUGAGGCACAACGUCCCCAUGCUACCCCUGAGCGAACCAAAUGCUGUGGGUUUAAUAUUAGCUCACGGGAGUGUCGGUGAUGAUGUCUCGAUGAUGAUGAAUCCUGACGUGUACGUUUCUGAUGAUGGGGGCUACACGUGGAUAAAGGCUCUGGAUGGCCCACAUCAUUAUGCUAUUCUGGACUCUGGUGGGCUGCUUGUAGCUGUGGAGCACCAGAAUGUACCCGUCGACACAAUCAAAUUCUCUACGGAUGAAGGGCAGUGCUGGCACAAUUACACAUUCACCAACGAGCCCAUCUUCUUCACGGGCCUGGCUUCAGAACCGGGUGCCCGCUCCAUGAAUGUCAGCAUCUGGGGUUACAAAACUAGCUUGUUCGCCGAGCACUGGGUCUCAAUCACCAUUGACUUUCGGGAUCUCCUCACCAAAAACUGCGAGGAUAACGACUAUGUGAAGUGGUUGGCACAUUCUGAUGAUGUCAGUGACCCCGAGGACGGCUGCAUUCUGGGCUACAAGGAAACGUUCCUGCGUCUCCGUAAGGAUUCUGUUUGCUGGAACGGACGGGAUUAUGUGGUUAGCACAAAGCCGACGCCUUGCAAUUGCACUCUGGAUGACUUCCUUUGUGACUUUGGAUUUUACCGUAAAGAAAACAGUUCCGAGUGUGUGGAGGAGCCAGACCUGAUAGGCACAGUGUUGCAGUUCUGUUUGCACGGCAGAGAGGAACAACUGCACACACAAGGCUACAGGAAAAUUCCUGGUGAUAAAUGUGAGGGAGGUAAGAUUCCUGAACGCAAAGAGAUUGACCUGAGGGAAAAGUGUGUGAGCGAUUUGCUGGGCCGUAACACCCAGACAUACAGCCAGUCAUCAACAUCUGUAGGCAUCGUGCUAACGAUUGUCGUCAUCAUGAUACUAAGCAUGGCAGCCGGAAUCGUCUUCAUUAAGAAAUAUGUCUGCGGUGGCAGGUUCUUGGUCCACAGAUAUUCUGUGCUACAACAACAAGUCAAUGACAAUGCAGCGGAAGGCAUGGACGACCCGUUGGACGACCAGCUAGACAGCGAUCACAGUACCAAUGGGAAAAUUGACUUUCACGGUGACUCUGAUGAGGACAUGUUGCAGUAGCAGCUGGAAACAUGUCAAUCAUCUCUUGGAAAGGGUUUUCAGCCUUCCGCCGCACUACUUCUUCCUAUGGCUUGAACUUUGAUCUAGUGUCACUCUCCUGUCGUCUUCCAAGUCUAACAAAUGUCCACGCUCAAAGGUCAAGAGAAAAUGGCUUGAAAGAAAAAUCACAAGAACAUCCAUCCACACACGAAGAAGCACAACUCCAAGCUUCCAUUUGAUGGCAAUAAAUUGUAAAUAUUUCCAUACAUUUAAAAAAGGUUCCAUGAUGUAAUGUAGCUUUGCUGGAUAAAUGAAGGGCGUAAAACUGUCCGUUGUAAGACAAUAUUUUGUGUCAUUUUACCUGUGAUUGCAAGUUGGAACAUAAACCCUCCAAAUUUUCCAGUAAGAGCGGUUAGCUCAAGUUCAUUUUUUAGAGCUCAAUUUCAUUAGGUUUAUGUUUGGUUGACUUGCGGUCUAUUCCAUCUGAUUUUGGGCGAGAGGCAGGGUACAACCUGGACUUGUAGCGUGUCAUUGGGGAUGUAGAGAAACGAACUAUUUUAAUCUUGGGAUACAUUUUAUUUGAUAUUCAGCAACCUCAAAGCUUGGAGCCUUUAGGGUUCAUUAAUCACAAGCAAUAUUUGAAGCCUGAGGUGCCGAACAUAUCCAGGCCCCAAGGGGCCCGAUAGCCUCCACUAACCAGGAACCUUAAGCAUCUGGGAGCCUUUAGUUUCCCUGAGAUUACCAGGAACUGCUGAGGUCCAGGAACCUCAAAACAUCCAAAAGCACAAGGCCUUUAAUGUAUAGGAACCUUAGAUGUCCAGAAGCCUUUGUGGUCAAGGAGCCUUUGAUGUCAAGCAGCUUUUGUGGUCCUCUGACCUUAAGACUGCAAGAAACCUUUGGGUUUCAGGAUCCUUUAAAACGGUAUCAGUUCUAGAAACAGCAGAGUCCCAGAAUUCAGGAUUCACUGACAUCCAGGAACCUUGGACGUCCAGAAACAUUUAAGGGCCAGGAACCUUAGAGAUUAAUCAGCUGACUGUUGCCAGUCGAUAUCAGCACACAGACAAACUAACAUUCAUGCUCAAAUUCAUAGGGCAAUGUUUUAAAUAGCAUUUUAACACGAUUAAUUAACGUAUUUAACACUAUGAACAUUCAUGACUGCUCAGGUUAUGCCAAAUGUUAACUAUUAAGCACUCCAUGUUAUCGGAAGUGACAAGCCUUAAGCAGCUAACAGGCCGUCGGCAAGCGUGUGAAAGCAGCAGUCAAUGUCUCUUGUCCAGUCUCACAAACCAAAUGUUCAAUUUUGUACUGGAAACCAACGAAAAUAUCGCUAUGCAGCUCAUUAACAUGAUACUACUGAGGAUGCCAACCAUAAAUGUUGUGUAAUUUGUCACGAGAAACCACAUGAGUAUCUGAUAAAUGAAAAUUUAAGAUGAGACUAUAUCCCCCCUUAAGUUUAAUGGUUUGUAUUGUAAAUUGUUUUUGCUACUGCUGUCACAAUUUGCUUGAUUGUAAAGUCUUAAAGGAGAUGUCAUUAAGGGUUUCACCUUUUUAAAAAAAAAAAAAAAACAUUCCAGGUGUCUUAAAUCUUUAACACAUUAACAAAGUACAGUAUAAGUGGUUGUGAGAUAGUGGGGAUUUGUCAGGCUGUGACAUUGCUAUCAGGGAAAUUCAAGAAGGGCUUACAUCACAUACCAAAAGAUUUAAAAAAAAAAAAAAAAAAAAAGAAGUAAUGUCCCCCUUAAAUUGUUCUACUCCCCUCUUCUUAAAACAUUUGCACUGCUUCACACCUUUUUGUAUUUAUUAGUUCUUAGAUUGUUCAGAGUGCAGUAAAUGUGGUGUGGAUGUUAUUUGACAAAUCGAUAGCAUAAUUUCCCAAGUCAUUUUUGUUGUUGACAUUUUCAGGAAACAAACACCAAUUCAUAUUCCAGUUGCUGUAACUCAAAAUUUGCAGAUUACCAUUUCCUGGAUUACUGAGAAUUGACAGUUUUUAGUGAUAUUUUUUUACAACAAGUUAGAAAUGACUUAUGCAAUCAUGCUAUAGGCUAGCAAAAUAAGUGCGAUGCUUCCACAUUUUUCUUCUGGAAAUAUGUAUAACUUAAUAAGGGUUAUUUGUAAAUAUGCAAUCUUUGUAUCUGCUGUUUGUAUACUUUCUGGCAAUUUUAUCUUUGGCUUUGUCAAUACAUUUCUAUUGUUCCUCUA